AAAUCCUUCUUUAUUUUGAGAGAAUUUCAUAAGAUAUAGUUUUGCUUAAUUGAAAAUUGGGGAUAGGCAGAUUUUAAGCUUUCUAAUGUUGGUGGAUACCACAAUUACCUGACUGUAGGGUUGUCAAAUGGUCUGGUCCACAUUUGCUUGGUAAACAAAACCAUAAAGUUUAACUGUUUGUUUUGAUCGAUUCAACCAUUACCCUUCUGGAAAAAGGGUGCAAAAGUUUGGCUUUAUCAUUAUAUUUCUGAAAUUCACCUUUUAAUGUGCUGCGUAUCGGAAUAUUGAAAUCUGCUUCAAAGAUAACUACAAUUAGCUAAUUGUGCGGCAUAAAACACACAACUGGAGGGAAUUGCAGCCAUUUAGUUGCACGAGAAGGUUCAAACAGAACAGUUCAUUCUGGACAGGAAAUGGGGAGAUUUUUGCUGCUGGAUAUCUUCCAAUGGUUCGCCGUGAUCAUUGGUUUGACAUCGUACAGGGUGGUCGAUGAUAGAUUUGUUCAAACACGUCUAAGCAGAAUGUACACGCUGAUCGUCAACGUCAUCACGGUUACAAUGCUGCCGGCGGCUACUUUGGAUUUGUUCAAUUCAUUUUCGAUGGGCUUCUGGCUGCCGCAGUUUAUGUGGAUUACUCCCUACGUUCUUCAUGCGGUAAACUAUGCUGUCAUCGUCCACACUCUGAUCUUUCGUGGCCAUCGAAACAUCAUACAGAUGGAGCUGCACCAUUUGAGUGUUAAAUUGAACCGCGAGAUGGGCCGUGCCGGAAAGCAGAUGAACUCGACGUUACGGAGGUUGUUCUAUUUAAAGACCUUGACCUUGUCGUGCAUGUGCUUGUGGCAUUUUCUGCAAUCCUUUAUAUUCAUUGGCGUCUCCUCUCUUUCAAAGAUUCUCGGCUUAAUUAUAAUUAACAGUGGCUUUAUGAUUUUGAUGUCUAUCGUACACUGCUACUUUGUGUCGUUAUGGAAAGUUGCAAUAGGAUAUGAUUUCGUGAACCAGCAACUGGAGGAACUCAUCGCCACACGCUCGCCGCUAAUAUCCAGAUACGCGGAGGAGCUGCGAAGUCUAUGGUCUCUUCACGCCAGUCUCAGCCUCACAGCGCACAAGAUAAACAGGAUCUAUGGCCGCCAGAUGUUAGCUUCUCGCUUCGAAUAUAUUACAUUCACUGCGGUCGAUAGCUACAUGGAAAUUAUUUACUAUUUUAGUGAAUCGGCGCCUGCAAUAAGUAAAUGCUUUGGCAUUAGCUUCUUUUCUAUACGCACAAUAGACUUUUUUAUGGCCGACUAUAUAUGUGAUUUGGUGGCUCAGUACCAGAGCAUGCCGAAGCACACCGCUAGCGAGGGCGUCAUGUCUAACGAGCUAAGUUCGUUUGUGAUCUACCAAAACAGCAUGAAUCUUAAUUUGAAGAUUUGCGGCCUCUUCCCAGCCAAUCGAAAACAGUGGCUCAACAUGAUGGCAUGUAUCUUAGGCAACUCUGCGGUGCUCAUGCAGUACCAUCUGAUGAUGUCCGGCAAAGAGGAAAAGUACUUCAAGUCAUAAACCCAGCGAUUGGAAAACUUUUAGAAGCAUAAGAACAUGUCCUAUUCGAUACUUCAGGACUAGGAACAUUACUUUAGUUAUAGGUAUAACUUCGAAUCGAUUUGCGGACUCAACCGUCGAGCACAAAUGGCUAAUCUCAAUUUAAAUAUUAUAGCAAAUAGUAUUACUGCAAUCUCCCAGCAGGUAAACCUCUAAAUGGGGUUGCAAUUUCCCCUGGCCAAGAUACUGUUGUUUUAACGUAUUCUUAUGCUCACGUUUCAACCGCUUGGGGCCAAAAUUUGAACAACAACCGACAGCCAGAGCAAAAUGUGCGACGCUACAGGAGCCAAUAAUUCGCUGCUCGAUAAUUUCCAAAUGAAUGCGUUCAGCAAAUAAAUUCUGCUUUGACAGCACUCAGAGAUGAAUUUAAAACGAAAUCACGUUCUGCUGUUGCACACAUACUUUUUGGCGUAUGCACAUCUGCUCUACGUACUCGUACGUGAUGAAAGUUGUGUCAUAAACACGGAAACCCUCUCCCCUCCUCUCUGGCACCCGUGCACAACUUAGUUGAGCUUCUGCUGGAGCUGGCAGCAGUCACAAACCGUGACGCCAUUACUUCUCGUUGCAGUCAUAUCCUCGCCGUCGUGUGGCACUUAGUCUGCAAUGCCAACUAUCCCACGGACGCAACGAUCCGAUAUGGAGGCUUUCUGGUUGAUCCUGAUGACACCUAUUCGCUAUUUCAAUCCGACUCCGACUUUCUGGCUAUCUUUCGGAGUACGGAUAUCAGUGUCUGUAAGACACUAAAAAUUAAGGGAAUGCACGAAUUCGAAUGCGUCGGUAGAAAUGAAAAUACAUGGAUAAUCACAAUGGAAUACAGUCAUCUGAUUUGUCUGAACUAUACCUUCGGAUUGGUGAACGAGCUGGCCGAACAUUGUACAGGCUCAAAAUUGGGUCCAAACAGAUCUUCGGCCUUGUACUACGCCAAUAUAGAGUUGGUUUUGAAACAUAUCGUAUCGGUUCUAAGCUGCGGUUUAGCUCCUAGCUCAAAUAUUCUGGUAUUAAUUGUUUCGUUCUUCUUUCUGAUACUUGUCGGUUCACGUUGGCGCUAAGAAUGAAAUAAAUUUCCCCCUUUUUAAAUGCCCCAUGAAAUGUA